AUGAACAGACUCAUCAUCGCCCUGGCCCUAGCCUCCGCAGCCUCUGCUGCCCCUCUAUCUCGUCGCGAGGAGUGCCAGGAUGCCUACAAGUCUUGCAUCGCCGCUGGUACCCCAGAGGUUGCAUGCUCAUGCACUCUGACUGCCUGCGUGGGCGAAGAUAACGCUCGCAACCGCGAGUACUGCGCUUCUGCGACUGCAUCGCUUGCUCAGCCAACCAAGACCGAGAUUCCCGGAGGAUGCAAUCCUGCUCAUCCCGGCUCAUGCCCUUCAUCGUACUUUACCAACAAGUACACUGCCCCAGCUGAGACAUUCACCUCCAUUCCCGGCAUUCCCGGUGGUUGUAACCCUGCGCACCCUGGUUCCUGCCCCUCGUCAUACUUUACCAAGACCUAUACCGCUCCGGCUCAGACCUUUACCUCUAUUCCUGGUAUUCCUGGAGGCUGCAACCCUGCUCACCCCGGAUCUUGCCCAUCAAGCUAUUUCACGUACCCCGUGGCCUCUAAGACUGCGGUGCAACCUGCUCCUGCCCCCGCUCCUACCGAAGACUGCUCCGAGGGCACCACCCAACCCGCGCCCAAGCCUUCUGAGGGUACCACUUAUGCCGCUCCUAAGCCUGUUGAAGGCAAGACUUGGACCAUCAAGGAUCUGACUCGCUACUGUGGCGAGGGUAACGACGGCUGUGAUUAUAACUUUGAGAUCGCACCUGGUUCAGAUGGAAAGACCGAGCGAUGUACCGUCAUCCGCAUGCCCGGCAAGGAUGCUGCCACCGAGAGCUGGUCUAACGAGCCUUGCACCGACGGCUCUGAAUUCACUGUCUCUUGGGGAUAUGUAACUGAACCUGCCCCUGCCUUUGCUGUUAUUUCCGUUGUCAAGGGCAAGGAAAUCGCCUGGUUUGGUGUUCCCAACGUCAACGGCCAGAAGGUCACUACUACUCCUUCUAACCCCUUCGGCUCUGGACAGUUUGGUGACCUCGGUCCCGAGCAGGUCUACACUUACUAG